AUGAAGGCCCCACACGAGCUUAGAGAUUGCUCAAAGUACUGUUGGUUUCAUUACGACUACGAACAUGACACUAAGGAGUGCCGUGACUUGAAGAACCAUAUCGAGGAGCUCAUCCGUCGGGGACACCUGGGUCACAAUGUUAGAAGGCCAGGGGAAUUAUUGCCACACCCCUCGAGUCCAGUUAAGAAGCAGAUUGAUGUGAUUAGUGAAGGCCUGACAUCAGGUGGGGAUAGCAUGGUUAAAAGGAUCAUGAUGGACAUCGGAAGCUCCGCUGACGUCCUUUACUUCGAUGCCUUUCAGAAGCUUGGCCUGACUAAGGAAGAUCUUACGCCGAUGCUAUCGAUGCUUACCGGGUUUACAGGUGAUUCCAUUUUAUCCCUCGGCACCACCAUCCUGCCAGUCACCUUGGGGGAAGAGCCGAAGACCAAGAUAGUCAUGAUGACCUUCAUGGUGGUGGAGCUCCCCUUGGCAUACAACGCCAUUCUGGGUCGACCAACCCUUAACAAGCUCAGGGCUAUCAUCUCCACAUACCACCGGGCGAUGAAAUUUCCAACCCGAGCUAGGAUCAGGGAAGCAAGGAGCGACCCUUGA